AUGGUCAUAUGCGUCGUACACCUCGUCGAGGCCACGCUGGGCCUGUACGGCGAAACGGGAGCAUUCGUUAUCGGCUGUCCAUAUACGUUUCCUGGUCAAGCUGUCUACUGUCAUCUUCGCGACUACAGUGCGAUGAGUGAAAAAUACCCGGGAUAUGGUUGGGUGUACAUC